AUGGCAAGAGACCUGUCGCCAUACAGCGCACGAAAGCUGUUGACCCAGAAGCUAGUGGAGGGGAACACAGGCACACCGCAGCCGAGCAAAAGCAGGAGCCGAAGCCGCGACAGGUCUUUGAGGAAUGGGUCGCAACCAGCAAGGAAGGAGCCCUCUAAACCCUCUGGUCAUCAAUCGAGAAGCGGGUCGAAUGAGAGGAGGCCUAGGAUACCAUCGAGAGAGGGCAAGCCAAAGGAUGCGACAAUAGAGGCCGACGCUGUCGUUGGCAAACGAGGAGUCUCACCAGAGCCCUACAAAAAGCCCCGGGAGUCGUCCAGAGAGAGGAAGCGUGAGGGGUCGAGAGAUCGCAAAAGAGACCGCUCUACAGACAGGCGGCGAGACCGAUCACGAGACAGGAGACGAGAUAGGUCUGGGGAGAGGCAUCGCGACCGUUCGAGAGACAGGCGACGCGACCGCUCCAAGGAUAGACACAGCCGGCGGGACCGCUCGCGUUCAAGAGAUCGGCGACGUAAAGACAAGACGAAAGACGACCGCCGCUCACGCUCACCUAUCCCCUACCGCUCCCGCAAACAGCGCACGCGCUCGCCCUCCACAUCUACAUCUCCGCCGCCCAAACGCCGCAGGCGCACCCGAUCACACUCACGCUCGCCCUCGCCUCCUAAACGAGUCAAACAACCGCUCCCCUCACAAGAAGUCUCCUUCCGCGGCCUCGACGACUCUGCCCAGCCGCCCUCAAAGUACGGCGGAGCACCGCCCGAUAAAGAGAAACCAAACUUCAAGACCACCGGUGUGCUAGCGAAAUACGCCAACCGCGUCGAAGGCACGAAGAUAUCCCUCAAAUACCACGAACCACCUGAGGCCCGCAAACCCCCAUCGUCACAGCCGUGGCGCAUCUUCGUCUUCAAAGGCGAAGAUGUUGUGGAUACAAUCGAGAUUGGGCAGAAGAGCUGCUGGUUGUUGGGCCGGUCACAGGAGGUCGUAGACUACUUGCUGGAGCAUCCAAGCUCAAGUGGACAGCAUGCAGUAAUACAGUUCCGGUACAUUCAGAAGACGGUCGAAGAUGAGUUUGGCGUGAAAAGCAAGCGAGGAAAAGUCAAGCCGUACAUCAUCGAUCUCGAGAGCAGUAAUGGAACGGAGCUAAAUGGGAAGACAGUCGAGGCAAGUCGGUACUUCGAACUCAGAGACAAAGAUAUUCUCAAGUUUGCAGGUAGCGAAAGGGAGUAUGUGGUUAUGUUGCCACCGCCCGAUGAGAAGUAG